ACACUGACAACCUGUCGUCACUUUUCUCUGCUACCUUUUCUCUCGUAUCUUUGGCAACAGGACAUAACAAGAUGUCUGCUGUGCGCGCUCUCCUUUUGCUGAUAUUUGGAUUUACCAUGUUGAGGUUCAUCUGCUGUUACAGUGAUGGAAGUUUAUUGACCGACCACUGUCAAAGUAUGGCUAUAGAUCAUGGAGCUCAAGCAUCAGGACAAGAUUCAAACCCUUUCACCGUCGCUCCAGAUUACGUGAUCGUGGACAGUUCACAAGUGGGAACGGGCAUUACAGUGACGCUCUCGGCUUCUUCUGGUUCAUUUAUGGGGUUUAUGCUAGAGGCUCGAGAGUGUGAUGAUUGUCCGCCUGCUGGUUCGUUUAGUGUGCUUGACUUCAACAGUCUGCUCCUCUGUAGCGGCCAGGUCGUGGCUCAUUCUCUAAGCUCAGAUAAAUCUUCAGUACAAGUGACGUGGACGCCUCAAGCCACUGGACAGUUUUUCUUCAGAGCUGCAUUCGUCAAAAAUUUUAUUGAAUUUUGGACAAAAAAAGCAAUCAUACUCUCGACGACAACAACAUCACCGCCAACAACAACGCUGAUGACAACAACGCCACAAACAACGACACAAAAAACAAUGCAGACAACGACACAGACAACAACAACAACUCAGACACCUACGACACUGAAGACGAUGAUGACUACAGCCACUACAACAUCUACUGCCACCACCACUACUGUAACAACUAGGCGUACAACAUUGGGACUGACAAAAUUACUCCUACAACAUAGGGAUAGAAGACCCAAGGGUUCUAAAUAUCAAAAGGGAGCUGAUCACAGAGAUAGAGGAAACAGGGGCAGCAGAGAAAGACAACCGGACGAGAGAGAAUGUGACUAAGACACACACACACACACACAGACACAGCAUAUUAAAAAUCAUAGUUUGACAAAUGCUUUAUAUUUUUGUCUGCCAAUGAAGACAACUCUUAUUAAUUGAUUGAGCUCUCUCUCUCUUCAGGACAACAAAUAAAUGAAUAACAUUUUAGGUUGGUCCCUGAAAAUUUUUAAAACAUCCUGAAUGUUCUGGGAAGAUUCCCCAAAUAACAUUUCCCCCACCUUUACACCGGGUUUCUGCAGUUUUUUUUCGAUUCAAAUUUAAGACUUUUUAAGACUUUAAGAUCAUUAUGACUGAAAUUUCAGACUUAUAUAGAGCUUAACACUAAGGAUUUUUGUCUAAUGGCCCGAUUACUUUUGCAAAUAGUAUUUGUAAUAAUGGAAGAUUACGUAAAGGAAUGUCUUGAUUUAGUUUUCUUUCUCUGAUUAGAAAAUUUAAUUUGGAAAAUUUGCUGUGAAAAUGUCUAACAGCUGUUGCAAAUUGUAUUUCUUUGCAAUAAAAAACUAUAUAAAUUUAGAAAAUAAGUUUUGAGAUGGAUUAUAGGAGACAGAUUGGGUAGCUUUACUUGGAAAUAGGGAAAUGAAGACUUGUUUAAAAUGAUUUAAGACCUACAACACAAUAUUUCAGUGAAUUUAAGACUUUUUAAGGCCUAAAAUUUUGUUUUUGAAAUUUAGAACUUAUUAAGACCCUGUGGACACCCUGUUUACAGAACUUCACACCAUGAUCUUCUCAGAACGUUCUGUGAACAUUACUAGACAACGUCCUUAACACCAACAGGACUUUAUGAGUAGGUUGCAUUUUCCAAUAAACUAUGGUUCCCUAAACGUUCUGAGAAUAUUCUGUAAAGCUCCCCCAAACAAUGUUCCCCUCACCCUUAAAUAACUCCACACUGUAACCUCAGAACAUUCUGGGAACAUUACUGACAACAUCCUUAACAUAGACAGGGGCAUUCUGAGAACUUUCCUGGGAACAUCAAAUUUCUAGCUGGGAAUAUACUACAAUGGAUGUCAAUGGGUGCUUCAAGAUAUCUUUUUUUGUGUCUAAUAAAAAAAUUAAAGGUUUGAAACCG